AUGGACUCUCCCCGCAAGUCUGAGAAACUCGUGGUAGCAGACCCGGUGCGUGAUGGCCUGCCGUCCGCGAUCUGGGAUGACAUGAUCCAACACGAGACUUUCAUCUACUUGUCGCUCAUGUUCCUCAAUGGAUCCGUGCUUUGGGCUUAUUACUCGUGUCUCAGUGCUCAAGACUUUUACACAGUCGAGUUCCCAGCGUCCGGCCUCGACUUUUCCUUCUUGACGACUCUGUGCAAUGCGUGGCCAAUGAUCAUUGGCCACGGGCUCCAAAUGGUCUUUGGACUCGACAAGAAGUUUAGCCAAUCUUUCCGCGUCCACGCUGGCUACUGUAUAAACAUUUGCAUGGCCAUUCUCAUCAUGGUCUUUAGUGCUAUCGACUUUUCCAGUCAGAAGACUGGCGGAAUCCUCGUGCUCGUGUGCUUUGGGUGCAUUGGGGUUGGCAAUUCGCUGUCCGAGGCUACGUUUUACACGUUCGCAGCGCUCUUUCCCGUCAAGAAAUUCACAAACGGUGUGCAGAUUGGCAACGCCUGUGCAGGCAUUUUGAACAUCACGGUGGCUACGGUCUUGCGACUUGCAGUGGGAGGCGUGAACCAGACCAGCAGCUCGACGAAGCUGAGUUUCUACAUCUUCUUUGGUCUGCUCGUCAUCAUCUUGAUUAGCGCGAUUCUGCUGUAUCGCUACUUGGUGACUUUACCAUCGGUCAAGUUCCUCAUGGACCGCAACGAGAACUCGGCCAAGGAAGAGUACUUGGCGAGCCAAUCGGUCGGCCGUACCCUGCAGAACCUCGGUCGUAUCUUUACGAUCAUCUGGAUCCCAGCCGUCGCGCAGUUCUUCAUUUUUUUCGUGUCGCUCGCUGUGUUCCCUGGAUUUGGCUGUGCGGCGUCGCGGAACCUGUACCCACCGUUCAACAACGAAGCUCACGACCUCACCGCUUCUUGGUACUGCUCUCCCGGGAUCAUUGCCAGCUACAACUACGGCGACUUCAUCGGACGCAUUGUAUGCACAGCAGCAGUGUAUCGCGUGGUGACUAUGGGAUGGGCGUUUGGGCUGUCGGUUCUCCGCAUCGCGUUUAUCCCGCUUCUUCUUAUGGGAGUGGCUGGCACGUCAUUCUACGCGUUCCCGUUUGGCAGCAUGAGUGCGUUGGUCUAUAACAUUGUGCUCAAUCUGCUCAUUGGCAUAUCUACAGGUUUGCUUUCGACUGUUACAAUGGGCGUAGCGCCUCGAAUGUUAAAGCCUGAGGAUCGCGAAUCGGGCGGAGCCGUCAUGGUAUUUUUCCUCUUUCUAGGGAUCGCCACGGGCUCGACGUUUGGUUUCCUCGUCAGUGACCGUGAAUGGCUCGGUCUGUAG